AUGAAAAUUUCAAUUAUUGGUGCCAACGGAAGUAUCGCACCUUCAGUGAUCAAUGCCUUAUUGAGUCCACUCUUUAGUUCCAAGGUUUCCUUCCCCGUUAGAGUGAUCACUUCUAAAGACACCCAAUCAACUGAUAAACUCACUUAUAUCAAGCACCCCAUCGAUGAUUCCUUAGUGGAUGUGUUAAAAGGUACCGAAGUUUUGAUGUCCUUCUUACCCACCACGGAAGAACUCAAUGCCAAAGUAGAAUCAGUGGUUGAGAAACUUAGACCAAAUCUUUUCAUCCCCAGUGAAUAUGGUGGAGAGAUCGAUAAGGUAGACCCCAAAUAUCUCCCAUCGUUCUUUAAGUCCAAGAUCGAUCAUAGUAAACGGUUGAUAGAAAAGAACAUCAGAGUUGCCAGGAUUCAAACCAGUUCCAUUAGAAUCCCUCCUGCCAUUAUGUAUGGUUUCACUGACCAUAUUGGGAUUUAUCAAGAAUCCGGAACUGUUAGAAUCGCUGAUGAUUAUGAGACCAGAGUAGUGGAUUUCUCCACUCUUUCUGACGUUGGUAAUGUUGUAGCCGCUGUUGCAACCACUGAUCCAUCCAAGACCUUACCACUCUAUAGGGUCAGAAGUGAUAGAAUUGGAUUUAAAGACCUUGUUUCGAAGUUCGAAGCCCAACAGAAUCGAACCUACGAGAUCCAACAUUUCGAUCUUGACGAAGAAUUUCAAAAAUUUAGAGAAAACCCUAAUGACUUCAUUCAUGGAUUGUUUGUUACUUCUAACUUGGGAGAAGGUAGAGGAGCAGCUUUUGAAGCCAUCGAGAAUGAAGUAAUCAAUCCUAAACAGUCCUUAUGGAAAUGGAGUUCUUGGGAAUGA